AUGCACUGAUUUCAAUGGUGCGUGCACAAAACCAGGUUGAAAUAAACUUGAAAUCACACACAAACUAUGCAUGUUUAAGUUCCUGGUGUGUUGGUAGUAAGGUUAUGAUUUAUGUCGCCUUUUUACGACGAGACUAGUAUUAGUGGCAUACAACUAGGGAAAGCGUUUGACUGUAUAUGAAAAGAGGAAAAGGGGAUAUAUAUAUACACAAUUUUAAGUGCACGGAUUUUAAAAGUAAAAUGGCACCUUUGGCAGGGAAAGUGUGCAUUGUGACUGGCGCUACACGCGGCAUUGGGAAAGGGAUCGCUCUUCAACUCGCAGAGAAGGGGGCCAAGGUGUAUAUUACCGGAAGAACGUUGGAUCCCCCGAAAGCUUCGAAAGUGGGUGGGUCUCUCCGUGACACAGCGCAAGAAAUCGAGACUCGGGGAGGCACGUGCAUUCCCAUCCAGUGUGAUCAUUCCAAGGACGACGACAUCAAGAGACUGUUUGAGACGGUGAAACGCGAAAAUGACGGUCAGCUCGACAUUCUUGUGAACAAUGCCUAUUCAGCCGUAGACGCAUUAUUCGCGUCGAUGGGGACAACUUUCUGGGAACAGUCGCCGUCAAUGUGGGACGUCGUGAACAAUGUUGGGCUUCGGAACCACUACAUCUGCUCCGUGUACGCCGCACAAAUAAUGACUGAACGAAAACAGGGACUUAUAGUAAACAUAUCAUCUGUUGGUGGUCUGAGUUACUUAUUUAAUGUCCCAUACGGCGUGGGUAAGGAAGCGUGCGACAGGAUGGCCGCCGACUGUGGUUUCGAGCUCCGUAAGCAUAACGUUGCGUACGUUAGUCUGUGGCCGGGUUAUGUUGCGACAGAGGUGGUACUCAGUAAAUUUGAUCCAGCAGAGCAAUCACCGAGCAAGCGGAGAAUGCAUGAUAUGUUUGCGAAAGGAGAAACCACUGAAUUCUCAGGUCAGUGCAUCGCAGCGUUGGCAUCUGAACCGGAUAUCAUGCAAAUGUCUGGCAAGAUUAUGUUGACCUAUGACCUGGGCUUGAGGUACGGCCUGAAAGAUAAAGAGGGUCAUCAGCCUACGGACAUGUGCUCGGUGAAGAUGGCGUUGCUUAGCAGCGGGCGCACGUGGUUGGCCUCUAUGGUACCAUCGUUUGUCAGGUUUCCGAAGUGGAUGAUGGCUUUGGGAGGAAACAAGUUUUAUUAGUCUCUCGGAGCUGUAACUUGUACAGGAAUACUUAUAAUAAUAGUUGGAGGAAUGAAAUUCGGUAUGAGACAUACUCUGGUUCUGCACAUACAUGUACUUUCAGCGAACUCAUUAAAACAACUACGGUAGAGCAUGAUAGACUUGGAUUACUCUCUGUGUGUAUUCCUGUAUUAAAUGAUAUUAUGAACAUGUGUAUUUUUGUACAAGUAUGAAUUAGUUUUGCUUUGUUACGCACAAAAGUAUUAUUUUUCAUGAUCUGUAUUAGUUUCAUUGUUUUAUAAAAGCGGAUUGAUUCGUUUCA